GCCUGUGUCUUUAAGGUGCUCCACAGAUUUUGAUGAAUGAAAAAAGUUAUACCUUUAGAAAAAGAGUUGUUAGAAUAAAGCCUCGGCAGCGUCAGGGGGCAGUGACAGCACAGAAGAGACCAGAGAAUAGCCUCCUGGAGGAGACCCUGUGCUGCGACCAUGCUGUCCGGAUGGCACCUGUGAUUACAGAGGAAACACUUUUCACCUGGAAGAUAUCAUUAAACAAGAUAAGAGUUCAGCUGAGAGACUCUCAUCCCCAGACCAGCCCUAGUGUUGGUAGAGGAGCAACUGACACCAAAAAGAAGAAAAUAAAUAACGGCACAAACCCUGAGACAACCACUUCUGGUGGUUGCCACUCACCUGAGGAUGAAAAGAAGGCAAGCCACCAACAUCAGGAAGCCCUAAGGAGGGAGCUAGAGGCCCAGGUUCAUACCAUACGAAUCCUUACAUGUGAGAAAACUGAGCUUCAGACGGCACUCUAUUACAGCCAGCGUGCUGUCCAGCAGUUGCAAGGAGAGUGCAGGCAUCUGGUCGGCCGCCUGCAUGAUUCAUGGAAGUUUGCCGGAGAGUUAGAGCGGGCUCUCUCUGCUGUUGCUACACAGAAGAAGAAAGCGGACAGGUACAUCGAGGAGUUAACAAAGGAGAGGGAUGCCCUGAGUCUGGAACUGUACAGGAACACCAUAACCGAUGAUGAGCUGAAGGAGAAAAAUGCCGAACUACAAGAAAAACUUCGACUUGUAGAAUCUGAAAAGUCUGAGAUCCAGCUCAACGUAAAGGAGCUAGAAAGGAAGCUGGAGAGGGCCAAGCUCCUGCUGCCACAGCAGCUGCAGGAGGAGGCUGACCACCUGGGUAAGGAGCUGCAGAGUGUGUCCGCGAAGCUCCAAGCCCAGGUGGAAGAGAACCAGUUGUGGAACCGCCUGUACCAGCAACAGGAAGAGAAGAUGUGGAAGCAGGAGGAGAAGAUACGGGAGCAGGUGGAGAAGAUACGGGAGCAGGAGGAGAAGAUACGGGAGCAGGAGGAAAAGAUGCAGAGGCAGGAGGAGAAGAUGUGGGAGAAGGAGGAGAAGAUGCGGGAGAAGGAGGAGAAGAUGCAGAGGCAGGAGGAGAUGAUGCGGGAGAAGGAGGAGAAGAUGCGGGAUAAGGAGGAGAACAUGCGUGAGCAGGAGGAGAAGAUACGGGAGCAGGAGGAGAAGAUGCAGAGGCAGGAGGAGAAGAUGCGGAGGCAGGAGGAGAUGAUGCGGAGGCAGGAGGAGAAGAUACGGAGGCAGGAGGAGAUGAUGCGGGAGAAGGAGGAGAAGAUGCGGGAGCAGGAGGAGAAGAUGUGGGAGCAGGAGGAGAAGAUGCGGAGGCAGGAGGAGAAGAUGUGGAGGCAGGAGGAGAAGAUUCAUGAGCAGGAGCAGAAGAUGUGGAGGCAGGAGGAGAAAAUGCAUGAUCAGGAGGAGAAGAUGCGGAGGCAGGAGGAGAUGAUAUGGGAGCAGGAGGAGAAGAUGCGGAGGCAGGAGGAGAAGAUGUGGAGGCAGGAGGAGAAGAUUCACGAGCAGGAGCAGAAGAUGUGGAGGCAGGAGGAGAAAAUGCAUGAUCAGGAGGAGAAGAUGCGGAGGCAGGAGGAGAUGAUAUGGGAGAAGGAGGAAAAGAUACGGGAGCAGGAGGAGAAGAUGUGGAGGCAGGAGGAGAAGAUGCGGGAGAAGGAGGAGAAGAUGCAGAGGCAGGAGGAGAAGAUGCGGGAGCAGGAGUUGAGGCUGUGGCAGCAGGAGGAGAAGAUGCAGAAGCAGGAGGAGCACCUGGAAGCUGCCAUCCAGCAGAACAAGCAGCUACACGCCCAGCUGAGCCUCAUGGCUCUCCCUGGGGAAGGAGAUGCACUGGACAGGGAGAAGGUGGAGGAGGAGGAGGCACCUCAGCCCAUGCCAAGCAUCCCAGAGAAACUGGAGAGCCAGGAGGCCAUGGUGGAGCUGGUGUUUCCGCUUGUGAGCGACCGUAACCAGGGACGUGGCGGAUUGCGGGCAGCUGCCCAGAACCCUGCCGAAGAGUCUGCACCAGGGACCCCGGUCCCUCAGGAGCUCGGGGCUGCCAACAAGCAGGGUGAUCUCUACAGCAAGCCCUGCCUGCCAUUCUUCUACCGAGCACAUGACAAGAAGGCAAAAAUAAUAAACAUCUAA